GGGCAUCUGGGCGCCGGUCGCAGAUAUACGUCCAGGCUGGAAGGAUCGUCCCCGGCUGGGAGGAGCCAGCAGCUCCGUUGCUGUAAACAGUGCGGGCAGCGCCAGCGGUUGGAAGAUGGAUAUAAAUAGGGAGGCGGAGGGGAGGCAGCCGGAGCGGAGGAGCGGGAGCUGCCUGCGCCUGCCUGCCCCUGCAUCUGCCGCCUGCAGUCGGGGUGCCCAGCAGCCCGGAUCGGGAGCUCCCGAGAGGCAGCGUACAAAGUUUGCGGCUCGGCGCUGCCGAGGAUAGGAAACCAUCCAGAGAAUUAAAAAUCCUGAAGAAUGGCUCUGCCUACCUCCAAGUAUCUGGCUGGAAAUGUAAUUUUUCUUCUGUUUGUAAUCUCUUCUGUCAGCACAGCAGAAGCAGCACUUGCAUGUCCUGACAAGGAUCCUGAGUUAGAAGACUGGAACCCAGGUCACAAUGAAGAAAACCACAUUGAAAUUCGUAAUGGCAGGAAGCUCCUUCUGUCUUCUUCUGCGACUGUCCACUCUAUCCACAUCACUGAUGGAGGAAAACUGGUCCUGAAGGAUGCUGUGCAGCCCCUCGUUCUGCGCACCAGGCACAUCCUCAUCGAGGACGGCGGAGAGCUGCACAUCGGCAGCGAGACCUGCCCCUACCGAGGCCACGUGGCUAUCAUCCUCUACGGGAGAGCGGAUGAUGGCAGCCAGCCCAAUCCCUACUUUGGGCGGAAGUACCUUGGAGUAAGUAAGGGUGGCACCCUUGAGAUCCAUGGAAAGAAAAAGCUGUCCUGGACCUUCUUAAACAAGACUCUUCAUCCUGGUGGCAUGGAAGAAGGUGGAUAUUACUUUGAAAGGAGCUGGGGCCAUCGAGGUGUCAUUGUCCAUGUGAUUGACCCAAAGACAGGGGCUGUGGUCCAUUCUGAUCGGUUUGAUACCUACCGAGCAAAGGAGGAGAGCACGCGCCUCGCCCAGUACUUGGGCAGAGUUGCCAGUGGCAUGAUCCUGUCGGUUGCAGUGAACGAUGAAGGAUCUAGAAAUCUGGAUGACUCGGCCAGGAAAGCAAUGACCAAACUGGGCAGCAAGCAUUUCCUCCACCUUGGCUUUAGGCACCCCUGGAGUUUCAUUACUGUUAAAGGAAAUCCCUCCUCUUCUGUGGAAGAUCACAUUGAAUAUCAAGGCCACGGAGGAUCAGCUGUGGCCAAAGUAUUCAAACUGUUUAAAGCUGAAAAUGGAGAACACUUUAAUGUCUCAUCAACUAGUGAGUGGGUUCAAGAUGUAGGAUGGACAGAAUGGUUUGAGAAGCCAGACAAAGCGAGACCUAAGGACAUGGAGAAGCUUUCUGCCUUCAAAGCUGCUCAUCCUGAUAAGAUCUGUAGGCACCCCAUUGACAUCCAGGCAAUGACUCUUGAUGGAGCUAAUUUAACAACAGAGGUUUUCUACAAGGGUGGCCAUGAUUACAGGUUUCUGUGCCACGGCAAGGACCAGACGGGCGAGGGCUGCCAGAACUACCGAGUUCGGUUCCUGUGUGGCAGAUCUGUGAAACCAAAGCUCACGGUAACCAUUGACACCAACGUGAACAGCACAGUCCUGAAUCUGGUGGAUGACGUGAGCUCAUGGGAGCCAGGAGACAGGCUGGUGGUUGCAAGCACUGACUACUCCAUGUACCAGGCAGAGGAGUUCCAAGUACUGCCGUGCAAAGCCUGCAGGCCCACCCAGGUGAAGGUAGCAGGGAAGGCAGCUUACCUCCACGUUGGAGAAGUCAUUGAUGGUGUGGACAUGCGGGCAGAAGUGGGGCUGCUGAGCCACAACGUUGUGGUGAUGGGCGAGAUGGAGGGGACGUGCUAUGAGUACAGCAGCAAGCUGUGCUCCUUCUUUGAUUUCGACACCUUCGGGGGACACAUCAAGAUUGGUCUCGAUUUUAAGGCUGCCCACAUUGAAGGUCUAGAGCUGAAAUACAUGGGCCAGCAGACAAUGGGACAUUAUCCAAUUCAUUUCCAUAUGGCUGGAGAUGUGGAUGAGAAAGGAGGCUACAACCCUCCAACGUACGUGAAGGACGUCUCCAUCCACCACACCUUCUCCCGCUGUGUCACAGUCCAUGGAUCCAAUGGCUUACUGGUGAAGGAUGUUGUGGGCUACGAUGCCCUGGGCCAUUGCUUCUUCACAGAGGAUGGCCCCGAGGAGCGCAACACUUUUGAUCACUGCCUUGGGCUGCUGGUCAAACCCAGCACCCUGCUCCCCUCCGACCGAGACAGCAGGAUGUGCAAGCUGAUCACUGAGGGUGCUUACCCAGGCUACAUCCCCAAACCCAGGCAGGACUGUAGCGCCGUGUCCACCUUCUGGAUAGCCAACCCACACAACAACCUCAUCAACUGUGCAGCUGCAGGGUCUGAAGAAACAGGCUUCUGGUUUGUGCUGCACCACGUGCCGACAGGGCCCUCGGCAGGGAUGUACUCCCCUGGCUACUCGGAGCACAUGCCCAUGGGCAGGUUCUCCAACAACCGCGCGCACUCCAACUACCGGGCUGGAAUGAUCAUUGAUAAUGGUGUUAAAACCACUCCAGCCUCCGCCAAGGACAAGAGACCUAUCCUGACACUGAUCUCUGGGAGAUACAGCCCACACAAAGAUGCUGAUCCUUUGAAGCCCAGGGAACCUGCAAUAAUCGAGCGCUUCAUUGCCUACAAGAACCAGGAUCACGGGGCCUGGCUGCGGGGUGGAGAUGUGUGGCUGGACAACUGCCAGUUUGCUGACAAUGGCAUUGGCCUGACCUUGGCGAGUGGUGGGACUUUUCCUCAUGACGAUGGCUCAAAGCAAGAAAUCAAGAACAGCCUCUUUGUUGGUGAGAGUGGAAACCUGGGUACUGAGAUGAUGGACAACGAGAUCUGGGGACCUGGAGGCCUGGAUCACCGAGGAAGGACCUUGCCCAUCAGCCCGGACUUUCCCAUCCGAGGGAUCCAGUUCUACGACGGCCCCAUCAAUGUGCAGAACUGCACCUUCCGCAAGUUCGCGGCGCUGGAGGGCCGGCACACCAGCGCCCUGGCCUUCCGCCUCAACAACGCCUGGCAGAGCUGCCCCAACAACAACGUCACCGGCAUCCGCUUCGAGGAUGUCCCCAUUACCUCCAGGGUCUUCUUUGGUGAACCUGGACCCUGGUUUAACGAUCUGGAUAUGGAUGGUGAUAAAACCUCAGUUUUCCAUGAUGUGGAUGGUUCUGUGUCAGAAUACCCAGGCUCAUACCUGAUAAAAGAAGACAACUGGUUGAUCAAGCACCCUGACUGCAUCGACGUGCCCGACUGGAGGGGUUCCAUCUGCAGUGGACAUUUUGCACAGAUAUACAUCCAAGCCUACAAGCCAGCCAACCUGAAAAUGAAAAUAAUAAAAAAUGACUACCACAAUCACCCACUCUACUUGGAAGGGGCUUUGAGCAAAAGCACUCAUUACCAGCAGUAUCAGCCAGUUAUAACUCUGAGGAAAGGCUACACCAUCCACUGGGACAAGACAGCCCCUGAAGAGCUGGCCAUAUGGCUCAUCAACUUCAACAAGAAUGACUGGAUCCAAGUAGGGUUUUGCUAUCCUAGAGGGACGACCUUUUCCAUUCUCUCAGACAUCCACAAUCGCCUCUUGAAGAAAACCUACAAAACUGGAACCUUCUACAGAACCUCUCAAAUGGAGAAACUGGAGCACAGAUAUCCUAACAAAGGAUACUACUACUGGGAUGAGGACACUGGGCUGCUGUUUCUGAAGCUCAAAGCCCAAAACGAGAAGGAGAAGUUUGCGUUCUGCUCGGUGAAGGGCUGUGAACGGAUCCGGAUCAAAGCUGUGAUCCCCAGGACCGCUGGUGUCAGCGACUGCGAGGCCAUGGCCUACCCCAAGUACAUCGAGACGCCCAUAGUAGAAGUACCAAUGCCUAAGAAGCUCUCCGGGGCACAGCUGAAGACUAAAGACCACCUACUAGAAAUGAAAAUAGAGACCUACAAGAAACAGUACUUCCACCUGAGGGAUGACUUUGCAUACAUUGAGGUUGAUGGUGUCAGGUUUUUCCUCACUGAUGAAGGUAUCCAGCUGGUCGUGAUUGAUGGACACCAGGGAAAAGUUGUUGAUCGAGUUAUGUUCAAGAAUUCAAUCCUGCAAGGAAUCCCAGCACAGAUAGAGAACUAUGUCAACAACAUCAAGGAUCACUCCAUAGUGCUGAUGACAUCUAAAGGAAGAUUAAUUUCAAGAGGACCAUGGACUAAAGUACUGGAGAAACUUGGAGCAGAAGAAGGUUUUAGGUUAAAAGAAAAAAUGGCUUUUGUCGGCUUCAAAGGCAGCUUCCGCCCUGUCUGGGUGAAGCUGGUCACUAAUGAGGACUCAGCUAAAAUCUAUCAAGCACUGCCAAUUCCUGUGGUGAAGAAAAUGAAAUUAUGAGGACAGGCUGCUCUGCUCUGGCUGCCAGCACUGCCCCGUGGGAUGCACUACUGACUGCUCACCGCAGGCACCUGGCCAGCCUGUGCCAGAGGUGCAGCAGCUCCUUCUCGUUGUUGUUCCAAAAGAAAUCUUACUGUAAGUAGCUAGAGUGGCCACAUGUGACAGAAAAGCCUUCCUCUGUGCUCAGCCUGUGUUCUGCCAUCACCAGCUCCUCACUGGCUGACUUGCUCACUGGUGCCAUGGUGACUCUCCUGUUACUAAGAAGAUUUAACCUGUUCUACAAGGUGCUGGUUUUAUCAGCACCCCUGGGACAGCCUUAACUGAUGUCCUGCCUCCCAAAGGGGGAGUUCUAGGUCUGAAGACCAUGGAGGAUUAUUGCUUUGACCAGCCUCUAAGUUAUCCAAACACCAUUUUCUUUUUCCCAACCAGCUGCUCACAUAACCAUGGAAUGGCAUUUGGGAGGCUGCUUGGAAAUCUAAGCUAGAAAGAGUACAGCUGAAUGGAUACCUAGGUGCUGGGAAAUGUACCUGGACAGUGAGGAUUCAUCCUACAGAUUCUGUGAUGUUUGGGAUGUUUGUACACAUUAACCCAUGGCACAUAGCCGGGGAAGAGAUGAUGGAAGGAGCCAGCAGAGACUGAUGAACUCACAGACUCCUGCUUGCUCUGAUAGCGGCAGUGUCCGAUGGAUCAAGGGUCAGUGGUGUUUGCUCAGCCAGGAGGCUUUCCUUCAGCAAGCAGCUGUAGGUAGAAGGAAAUCUGUGCCAGUCAGCACAUAUAUCUUCUCAGCCCU